CCUGGUGACUGUUACAAAAAUGGAUCAUAUUUAGAACAAGCAAAAGAUGGUGAAAAAGAGGAUGAAUUGAACCAAGUCGAAUUUGUACCUCCACAAGGCUUGAUACUUGAUGCUGCUUCCAGUAAAGUCAUAGAACAGUCUAUGAAAAAAGGUGAAGAACAUAAGAAGAGCCUUGAAACAUAUAUGUUGAGGAAGGUCUUGAGUCAGAAAUCUUGGCCUACUGAAGAAAAGAAGUUGCAGUUAGCGAA